AUGUAUGUGAAAUGGUUUGAUACAGGAAUGUUAUACUAUGUGAUUUUAGUGUAUUUAGUGAAUGUCACUUUUAAAAUGUUUGAAUUUCCCGCCGGUUGCGGCCCCUGUACGUUUUGGAACGGAACCCGGAAGACGGAUGCCGGCAUCAGCCGGAGGAGAUGGCCGGGGACGCUGCAGGGGAGGACAUCGCAGGAGCGCAGGACAAGGUAAGUGAAACAGGGAUCCCGGAGCAACGCUGCAGUGUAUUCCCGAGUGUAGCUCAGGGUUACUGCUUUUGGUACUGAAAGUUAACCUCGAGCUACACUCGGGAAUACCGCCUGGGAGGUUAACUUGUUAAUUUGUUAUU